AUACCCGACCUCUACUAUUGUGACAUCCACCAAAGGGAAGAGAAUAAAGUCUGUCACGCGGGCGCGCGCUGUUUGUCGCCACUGACUGCUGCACACGGAGGGAAACGGUACGCUGCUCUCUCUCGGGCUGUGCUCAGAUCCUAUCUCUUAUCUCACCCGCCCUCGGUCUGUUUACACGCAAAACAGUCCGUUGUUGACUGGAAUACGAUACGAAGAUCCUGCUUCUAGGCAGGUUUUCUACACGUGUUCUACUGCUCAGUAUGCCAGAACGCAUGGACUAAUUUAAGGACGAUGGCUUCGUUGCGAAUGGUCGCCAAACUCCGGGCUGGAGUUGUCGGAUGUACUAAACCGUUCCGCUACGCACUCAAAACAACCCGAUCUCCGGUGAAAUUACUGCAUACGAUCCAUCCCAGACAGCCACAGUGGAGGUGUCCUCCCCAAGUGGUCUUCUGCAGUACUGUAGCACCCUCUUGUGAUGUGGUGUUGCAGUAUAAACAUGGACGACCGGUGCUGGCUGUGCCGCUACCCUCCAGGCAGGAGAGCUGUCUGUUCUUCCUCAGGCCCAUGUUAAUGACUGUAGGAGACCUCAUCCACGACCUGCAGAGAGAAGACCCAGGAGUCACCUCUGCCUCUGUGCACACCAAGGAUGGUGCACGGGUAGCUAACAGCACCUCUAUAGACAGUCUCCUGGACAAAGACUUCCAGCUCCUCAUCAAUGAUGCUGUAUACAACAUCCACUCCCCUGAAAGAGGUGAAGCAACUCUUUCCCAAAACAUAGAGGCGUCCAGUGUGUCCAGUGAGCAUGUGGUGGACGUGGAGGACAUGAAGCACAUGGUGCAGCUGCUCCACACGGCCCUCCACCUGCCCGACCACCACCUGCUGAAGGAGAGGCAGCUGCUGGAGAGACUGGAUGGACUCAAACAGGACCUCUCACCUCUGGAACAGGUGAAGGCACAGCUGGCGCGCAGUGCAGAGUUCCACUCCUCCAGGACUCUGUGGACAGGUGUGGCCCUGCUGUCUGUGCAGGGCGGGGCCUUGGCCUGGCUCACCUGGUGGGUGUACUCCUGGGAUGUCAUGGAGCCCGUCACCUACUUCCUCACCUACUGCACCAGCAUCGGAGUCUUCUCCUACUAUGUCCUCACCAAGCAGGAUUAUGUGUAUCCAGAUGCCAAAGACAGGCAGUUCCUGUAUUACUUCCACAAGGGUGCCAAGAAGGAGCGCUUCAACGUGCAGAAGUACAAUGAGCUGAGAGAGGAGUUGGCUUCGGUGGAAGAAGAUUUGAGACGUCUAAGGAAUCCAACCCAACUUCAGCUCCCUGUAGAACAGAUCCAGAGCCAGCCAUGAAGAGCAGCACCACAUCAAACUGAAGGACUACUGAGCAGCAGCAUUUCAUCCCAUUUAUUUUGAUAACAAUGCAUUUUUCUUACUAACCCUGCAGAUCAUUUUAGAGUUUUGGUUUACACCGUUUACAAUGUUGGAAGUCAUUUGUGGUAAUAGAAGUAUAGUAAUAAAUAUAUGAGAAAGCAUCUUCCUGAAUACUAAUCAUAUUUUCUCUGCAUUCCUGGCCAUUGCAGUAAUUCAAUAUAGUAGCUAGUGUCAUUUCUAUAGAAGAGCAAAGUUAUGAAUAGUGAUGUGUAUAUAAUGAGAUGAUCCAUUCUGAAUGUUUACAAAGAUUAAGAGGAACUGAGACUGAACACAAAUUACAUUUCAAUAUUUUAUUGCACCUCAAUUCAGACUUUUGUUUCAAUCAUCAAAACCCCAAACAUAUUUCAACAGUUUUACAACUGCCAUUUUAUAAAUGAGAGAUUCUAACUCAAUAGGAGCCCCACGCACCUCUCCAAAUGCUAUUAGUGCAAACCCAAUCUCCCAAAAGGUCAGAGAUACAUUUCCCUGGUGGACCACAAAACAAGACAAGUACAUUACUCUUACUAAGCAGUGGUUCCUUAUAUUCACCCAUGGAGACUAAAAUGGUCCUCAUUUUCUUGAACAAUUCAGAAAUAGAAACAUGAAUUGGUGUCCAGCACUCAGGUUCACAUACAAAUGAGUAAUACCUCAUGCAUUGUCAUUGCUUUAGUAAAUAUCUCCCAGGUGACUAACAAUUAUUUAUUUUUUAAACAUGAGAUGGUCUGUUGAUUGGUACCCUGAGUUGUCUUAUCUGAGUUAUAUAAUGCACACUUGCGCAUAUUUUCUGGCUGAAGAAUAUGUCUGUAGUCAUGUGGUGUACAAAAAAGAUUGGUAGUGUUAAAGUUGUUCAGUAUUGGAGCGGCAGGUAGCCAAGUGGUUAGAGAUGCGAGCCAGCAACCGGAGGGUUUCCAAUCCCAGCCCAGAUGGAAUGU